UAAUCAGGACCUCCCAUCUAAAAUUAGGCUAAAAAUAUACCAUCUCCAGAUCACAACCUCUCAUCCCUCUCUUAAACCCCAUUAAAACAAAACACCGAAAACUAAAACAAACCCUUUUCUCAUAUUAACCUCAACUACCUUAACCAACCCAACACCCACCAUUUUAAGUUUUCAGUUUUAACCCAUCUCUUCUCUUUCAGACCCCCAACCAAAUACAAAACAAAACAAACCCAGAUUUCAUACACCCUCCAAAAACGCACCGCUUUAUACCCAUCUCCUUCUCCGAGAUUUCAUUUUUUUUUUUUCAUCUCCAUCGAACUUUCCCCUUCGAUUGUUCACAAACCCCAGUUCUCAAUGUGGCGGCCGUGGACUAAAACGCCGAGCAAAAUCCACGACACGUCAUCACAAUUCUCAUGCUCCUCCUUCAAAGACAUUCAAAACCUCUGCACAGAAGAUCCCGUCCCAACCGCCAACAUCCUCACCAAAAAACCCUCCAUUUUCCACCGUGUUCGCCUCGCCAACUCUAUCAUCCGCGCCUUGGCCCCUCGCCCACAACCCGACACCUCAUCCUUGGACGCUAACAAAAAUUUACCUCAACCUCAAGAUUUAGAACCCUUACAACCACCGAAAAUCUCAAUCCCCGGAGCAGAGAAGCGUAUUGUGGUUUACCUCACGAGCCUACGUGUCGUCCGUUCGACUUUCGAAGAUUGUAAGUCCGUCCGAUCCAUUCUCGGGGGGUUUCGUGUACAAGUCGAUGAACGAGAUCUGUCCAUGGACUCAAGUUUCGUAAACGAGUUACAGGCGAUUCUGGGCGUUAGUCAAGGUAAGUUGACUUUGCCGAGGGUGUUUAUCGGCGGUAGGUACAUUGGUGGGGCCGAGGAAACACGGCAACUUCACGAGACGGGUGAGCUUAAGAUGUUUGUUGAAGGGCUUCCCACAGCUGAUAUUGGAGCGUGUGACGUGUGCGGCGGUUACAGCUUCCUUCUGUGCAACGACUGUGACGGUAGCCACAAGAUGUACACGGAGAAAGCUGGCGGGUUCAAGUCUUGUACUGUUUGUAAUGAGAACGGACUCAUCAGGUGCCCAUCUUGUUCUUUUCCGCCAUUUUCAACCGUCUGAUUUUUAGGCUUGAGAUGAUAAAAAAACCAUAUAAAAAAUUAAAAAAAAAAAAAUUCGGGUUUUUUUUCUUUUAUUUUUUGGAUAAAUUAGUUUUUGUUAAUUGGGUUAAGUGGGGGCCCACAGAUGGUGAGACAUGACACGGGCACCGUUGGAUUUGUCUUUAAGAUUUGUAUUAGCCUCUACUGAGUCUUGUUAGUAUUAGUGUCUUUUUCAAUCUUGUACUGACAUGGAAGGUGGACUCUCUCUCUCUCUCUAUAUAUAUAAUCUUGAGUGUUUAGAGUAAUGUUUAUGACAUUAUGAACCUUAAUGUAUAUUAUAAAAGUAUUAGCUUUUUUCAUUCAACUUUGGGGUUCCAAUAAAGAGAUGGUGUAGGUUGUUUUAUUU